CACCAUGCUGCCGCCCUCACCCUCCCGCCCGGGGCUGCUGCUGCUGCUGCUCCUGUGCCCCGCGCACGUCGGCGGACUGUGGUGGGCCGUGGGCAGCCCGUUGGUCAUGGACCCCACCAGCAUCUGCCGGAAGGCUCGGCGCCUGGCAGGGCGGCAGGCCGAGCUGUGCCAGGCCGAGCCGGAAGUGGUGACCGAACUGGCCCGGGGCGCCAAGCUCGCAGUGCGAGAGUGCCAGUUCCAGUUCCGCUUCCGCCGCUGGAACUGCUCCAGCCACAGCAAGGCUUUUGGGCGCAUCCUGCAGCAGGACAUUCGGGAGACAGCCUUCGUGUUUGCCAUAACGGCAGCUGGUGCCAGUCACGCGGUCACACAGGCCUGCUCCAUGGGGGACCUGCUGCAGUGUGGCUGCCAGGCACCCCGCGGGCGCGCCCCACCUCGGCCCUCCGGCCUGCCUGGCAUCCCUGGCACCCCUGGGCCUCCAGUCCCGGCGGGCUCCUCUGAUGCCAGCGCCAUCUGGGAGUGGGGAGGCUGCGGCGACGACGUGGAUUUUGGGGAUGAGAAAUCGAGGCUGUUUAUGGAUGCCCAGCAGAAACGAGGACGCGGGGACAUCCGUGCGCUGGUACAACUACACAACAACGAGGCAGGCCGGCUGGCGGUGAAAAGCCACACGCGCACCGAGUGCAAGUGCCACGGACUGUCCGGCUCCUGCGCGCUGCGCACCUGCUGGCAGAAGCUGCCGCCCUUCCGCGAGGUGGGAGUGCGGCUGCUGGAGCGCUUCCACGGCGCCUCGCGCGUCAUGGGCACCAACGACGGCAAGGCCCUGCUGCCCGCCGUGCACACGCUCAAGCCUCCGGGCCGCUCAGACCUCCUCUACUUGGUCGACUCGCCAGACUUCUGCGCUCCCAAUCGGCGCACUGGCUCGCCGGGCACGCGCGGCCGCACCUGCAACAGCAGUGCCCCGGACCUCAGCGGCUGCGACCUGCUGUGUUGCGGCCGUGGGCACCGCCAGGAGAGCGUGCAGCUCGAGGAGAACUGCCUGUGCCGCUUCCACUGGUGCUGUGUUGUGCAAUGCCACCGCUGCCGCGUGCGCAAGGAGCUCAGCCUCUGCCUUUGACCCGCAUGGUGCUCUGCACGCUGCGCACGGACACGCUCUCUCCAGGGGCCUGAGAGACCUCCGGGUUCCAGCAGGGGCCACUCCCCGCGCCCUGCCUCUCCCUGC